UGUAACACAAUAUUGUAUGGAAGCCCAACAGGAAACAACGGGAUGGGGAAAGUUACAUGAAAACCAGAUUUUGCUUAACUGGAUCAUAUUGAAAACUGUAUUAUUAUAUCAAAGUAAUAUAUUUUGACAUCGUCAUGCAUUACUUUGCCAGUGGUUUAUUCAGAUAAAAAAUUCAGUCAAGGGGAAAUUGUGCACUUGAAUUUGUACUUCCGCGUACAAUGUUUUUUUCCAGGGACAUACGACAACUUUCGAACAGCAAACCAUAUUAGACGUUUGUCAGUCUUUUUUUGUUGUUGCUGUAUUUUGAGGGGGAGCGUUUGGGGCUCAGUGGUCUAACCCAGCCAUGAGCAUCAUCGGGGCCGAGGAUGAGGACUUUGAGAAUGAUCUGGACCCCACGGUGGAUGACCACAGCAGUCACUUCACCAGUAUAGAGCUAGUGAAGAGUCGGCCAACCCACCUGCUGGUCUUCCUUCAGCACGUCAUCCUGCAGUUCGACUGCUCCUCCUUGUUGUGUUACCUCCAUGCUGACCUCUUCAAGAACCUCAGUACCAAAGAGACCAAGAAGCAGUUUGUGGAGUUCUACAACAGCUUCCUAGACAAGAGCGCUAUUCUCAGAGUGCAAAUCCCUCACAAUGUAUCGUUUGAGUUGGACCGUACCAGACCAGACCUGCUCAGUGAGGAGCAGCAGAGGAAGUUUGUCCAGGAUGUCCAGUUGGCUCAAGCCCCAGAGGUGCUGCGACAGCUGGAAGAUUUUAGGCAGAAGAGGAUGAUGGGUAUGACCCCUAACGCGGCAGAGCUGCUGGAGGUGGAGUCUCACUACCCCACCGAUCGUAUCCCCAUGGAGAUGAAGGAGAAGGCUGUGGCAGAGACCCUGCUGGACAAAAUGUCUGAGAUCCAUCCCUCCAUCGUCGCAGACGAGGAGAAAUGUUCGUCGAUUUUUGCAGCAGUGGCCUUCUACAUGAAGCACCUAGGAGUGAAGUCCAGGGUAGCUGACAGUAAGAAGUCCAGAGGGUUCUUCAGGAGACCCCUUGGGAAGAAUAAGAAGAGUGAGGAGUCCACUAAAUCUAAACCGAAGGGGGGUUUUCCCAACAUCCUCAGCGCCGCCGGUGGCUGGAUUGCUGGCAGCACUGAGGUCAAACUUCCUAAAGUGGAGGCUGAAGUGGAUAAAGAGAAGGUGAAUCAGGAGCGUAAGGUUUCCAGCGGCCUCGCUCUCUCGCGAGGCUCCUCCGCCCCUGAUGCUGCUCCUCCAGCAUUAAACAGGAAGUCUGUUUCCACAGGAUCCUCCCCCCAUCAGGGUUUGGAGGUCAGCGAGGGCUCAGGAGUUCACAUCAGUGUGACCUCCAGCCCAGACUUCUCCCACAGCGAGAUAGGUCUGUUCAGCAGCCGUUCGGACCCCCAUUUGGUGGCGGAGGGGGGUGAGCUGUCCCCCGGGGGGAUGGCAGGGGGGCUGGCUGUAUGGGAGCCCCCCUCACCCAUUGAACCCCCCCUGGAGGAAAACCUGGACAAAGACAGACGCAAGACAAGGCGUGUGGGACGCAGUGAGAGUGCUCGUGUGGACAGACAUUCCUCCCGUCGCCGUGGCUCCUCCCGGGCCAAACAGUCGCGUUCCCGUAGCGACGUGGACCUGCAAGCCGCCGCCACGGCAGCACACUCCUCCCCGACCUCUCCCCAUCCCUCUGUUGAUGAAGGGGUGUUACUGCCCGAGGGUGUGCUCCCAGGUCUUUCGCUCUCUGGCCCCACCCCCCAGCAGGAGGAACAGGACCCUCGCCUCCUGGAGCUGGAGCAGGACCCGCCCAACUGGAGAGAACACACCCCCCCAGACACGCUCAAAGACCUCAGCAAGAAGGAGACCAAGCGGCAGGAGGUCAUCAACGAGUUGUUUGCGACGGAGCACGCCCACGUGCGCAUGCUGAGUGUUCUGCAGACAGUGUUCUGGAAGCCUCUGGAGAGAGAGGAACUCAUGACCGCCACAGAGCUGGCCACCAUCUUCCCCAGCCUGGACGAGAUCAUAGACAUGCACUAUGCUUUCUACGAGCACCUGAAGAAGCUGCGUCAGCACAAUUUCAUCGUCAAGGCCAUCGGAACCACGUUACUCAAUAGGUUUGGAGGGACGGAGGGUGAGUGGUUUCAGAAGCUGACGUCUAGGUUCUGUAGUCACCAGACGUGGGCCCUGGAACAGCUGAAGAUGAGACAGAAGAAAGACCCUCGUUUCAACUCCUUCAUACUGGAGGCAGAGAGUAGGCCUCAGUGUCGUAGGCUGCAGCUGAAGGACAUCAUCCCCACUGAGAUGCAGAGGCUCACCAAAUACCCCCUACUGCUGGAAAACAUUGCCAAGUGCACAGAGGACACCUUGGAGAAGGAGAGUAUUCAGCAGAGUGCAGAGUGCUGUAGGAAGAUCCUCAACCACGUCAACGAGGAGGUCAAACAGAUGGAGAACCUGCUGACCCUGAAAGACUACCAGCGCAGGCUGGACACCUCAGGACUCAAACCCAGUAAUGAGCUGUACCUGGAGUACAAGUACCUUGACCUGGCCCAGAGAAGGAUGAUCUAUGAGGGGCCUCUGACCUGGAGAGUGACCAAGGAGAAAACCUUAGAAGUGCAGUGUGUGUUGCUGGGGGAUCUGUUGGUGCUGUUACAGAAGCAGGAUGAUAAGAUGGUGCUGAAGUGUCAGAGUAAGAGUAACAUCGCUGUUCAGGAGGGAAAGCAGAUGCUCAGCCCUGUCAUCAAACUAGACUCUGCCUUCCUCCGAGAGGUGGCCACAGACCGUAAGGCUUUCUACGUGAUCUUCACCUGGGACAGCGGGGCUCAGAUCUACGAACUGGUGGCUCAAUCUGUCGGGGAGAGGAAGAACUGGACAGAUGUGAUCAAGAUGGCGGUAGAUGAGCUGAAGAAGACAGGACCUCCAUCUGACCUGAAGAGAGGAAACAGCAUCUUAACUGGAGGAGGAGGAAUCCCAUACAGCCCCACCACGUUUCCUCAACCCCCUCUCAGCCCCACUGAAAAUGGAGGAGUCUUGUUGAAAAAUAGCAUUGAACGAGAUAAGGACAGCCUGACUGAUGAGACGAAGUCUGUGGACUCUCGUCAUUCUCUGAUUGAUUACCUCUCGGACAAAGGCUUCGACUUGAUUGGCCACAGCAACAGUGAUCAGGUGAAUGUGGCCAAUAGCGCGUUAAACGAAGUCAUGUUCCUCAAGAGACUAUUGGUUGGCAGCAUCAGCCUAUCAGACCACUCGCAGCCUGAUGAGCAGAAUGGAAGGGAGGGGCCAGAGAGCCAGGACCAAGGACUGCAAGGGGAGGAGGGGGAGGGGGGAGGAGGAGAGGGUGGAGGGAUGAAGAUAGAAGAGGAGGGAGGGAUCAGCGCUCCUCUGGUUCUGUCCCAGGAGAGGAUGGAGGAGGUGCGCCGGAAACUGCAGAGUCUGGAGGUACAGCUGAAGAGACUGCAGAGUGUUGAGGAGGAGCACCACCGACUGCAGCAGGCCCUGUCUAAGUUCUCCCUGGAGGGGGGCAACUUCUAGUGAGACACACAGCGCCACCUUCAGGACACCAGAUCACUGUAAGUGCUGGAUUGGAAUGCUUGAGUUGCUUUUGGAGGAUUGAUGAAUGCGUCCUGGAAUUUCCUAUUUACUAAACACUCUGAUCCACUGCCAUGCCUGAGCCCUUGUUAAAGAUUUCCAGGGGGUCGCAGCCAACUGUGAGGCCCUUGCAAGGCAGAGGAGCACGGCUUUACGCAAAGUAGUUGAGUAAAUGCAAUGUGGGAGGUGUGUUUGUGCGUGUUUGUGAACAUGCUCGUAUGUGCAAGUGCGUGAGCGUGUGAGAGAUGGGAGUUUUGGAAAUAGGUGCCAAAGAUUGGAGCAGUAGUUUGCUGUGAGAGAUGCUGCCUGGGCUUAUUGAUUGUGAGCUUCUGCAACACACACACACAACAGAUACUUCCCCCAGUGGAUGUUCAAUAAAUAUAUCUAUCAUUGCCAACUGUAGGGGUUUGGACUAUAUAAUAAACCCCUGUGUAUGCAUGUAGAGAGAGAUACUAGUGUCAGCCCUAUAGAGGGCGAUGUAGAGCUGUAGAACCAGACAGGAACAUGCUCAUUGUUGUGAAAUUCUGGUAACCAAAAUUCACAGGUUUUCCCCAAAUCCUGGUUGGAAGAUUCCUGGAUUCAGGAGGGAAUAAGGAGGAAUUCUGGGAGUCUUCAACCGGAGAUUUCUGAAAAACCUGGGAUUUUUGGGACAUUUUACUGAGCAUUUAGUAGGCCCCUAUAUCCAGUACAUGUCAAAGUACAGCAGAGAUGCACUUUUAAGUUAGUAUAAUCCAAUUCAAGUGACGAACCACACUGAAUUUGCUAAUAUGUAUUACUAUUAUUAUUAUUAUAAUAUAUGCCAUUUAGCAGACGCUUUUAUCCAAAGCGACUUAGUCAUGCAUACAUUUUUACAUUUGACCCCAAUUGUUGAGAAGAUCUGUGUGUGUGUGUUUGUGUGUUACAGUAUUGUAGAAGCAAAAUGGCCUUCUGGAGUUACUGUAAUAGAGUCCUAUUAGAACUGUAAUUAUGGCCCAAACAUUCACCCAGUAGUAUUGGAAUUGAUCAUGUUGUUAGGGAUAUAGAUGGUGUGUGUACCGCUUUUGACUUCAGCCGCCUCUCCUUUGGACCCUGCUACUGUGCUGGGCCGGGCGAUAGAUGCAUGGACAGAUACCCAGAGAUGGGAUGGACAUUAGAGAUGGAGGGAUACAGUAAGGAAGAGAGGAGUAAGGGAGGAGAGGAGGCAGAAGGGUUUUACCCUGGAACCCUGUGUUUCGGAGGAUGCACGGCUCUCGACCUUCGGCCUCUCCCAAAUCCGUAUGGAUGUUGCAACAAUGACACAAGACUGUAAUUACCAAUUGGAUACCACAAAAUUGUGGAGAAAAAGGGAGUAAAAAAAAUCUCUAAUAAAAUGAAGAAUUGGUUAUAGACACAGUCAGUCAGACCCAUACACACUCUGAUACUCACAUUGUGUGGGAGCCCAGUGCAGUAACAAUGGUCACACAGGAGCACGGUCAUCACGCGUGUGAUGUGACUGGAGUCGACUUCCUGACUAUAGGGCUAGUAGCUUCUCCGUAAAGAAAGGAGGGUGUCAGAGGGAGACAGUAUUAUAUGCUGUAUGAUACAUUUUAUGGUAGCAAUACCAUUUUUGUGUGUAUUUUUCUUCAGGAGUUGAUUGUAAUUAUUGUUAUUAUUUUGAUGAUUUAGAGUAGUGGCAUUGAACUGUGGACUGGCAAACGGGACCAAAGAGACACCCAUGUACUUGUAGAUCCUCAUAUGAGCUGUUUAUAUUGUCCCACUGCUUAUUAUUACUAUAGGAGAAAGUCACGUCAUGCUGAUUGGAGAGUGAUGCCGACAGUAAGCAGCCGUGGCUCUCUGCUUCUCCUGCAUCCAAACUCCAGCGUCACAUGUAGAGAAAACAACACAGUGGGUAGAAACAUAGAGGGCCUGUGUUGAGGGAGAUAAUGAUAUCUAAGCCUGUAUGAAGACUGUAUUGUGAUACAUCCAUCCAUGCUGCUGCCCCAGACUAAUGAACAAGAUUCAACUGGACACUUGACAAUCACACUGCCGUUCAAAUCCUCUCUUCAUUGCUACCAUGUGUGAGCAGGGCUGCACUGUGUUAUAGACAUGACUCACCUAGUACUUUGAUAUUGACUGGACCACGUUUAGGGACAGCAUGGGGUGGCGGUACAGUACAGUAAGAUACAGAAGGAUACUGAGAUGAGACCCAUCAUUACUGAUUUAAGCUACUGUUUCUAUAGACCACUUCUGGAAUAAAGAGAAGCAGGUCUGGGGAGUUCGGAUGCAGGAAUUGCAGGCGCGACUAGUCGUCACUCUCACCAGUGUUGGAAUGACAGUUAUCUUUCACGAUCACUUUUGAAUUAUGCAUUCUCGUUGUGGCCAUAGCAACUGUUCCCUUACACCCUCCCCCAAAUAUGUAAUUAUGCAAAUGUUAUUGAUAGUUACUCUAAGAAGCAGAGGGCGUAGUUACAAGUUGUGUUGAAACCUCACUGCCUGUUUUUCUUUCACCCCCCACCCCUUUAUUUUCUCCUGUUCCCCUCUUCAUCACCAAGUCCACAAUAAUAGUCUCCAUCUCUCCUUCAUCCUGUCUUCCUUCUAGAAGUUGUAGAAAUGUAGUCGUUACUACUCAUCACCUUUUCUUAUCUCACAAUUUCACUGUACGUUGCGGUGUAUUUGAUUUUAAUCUGCUUAAACGGGUCGGGAGGUUUUGUUUUUGUUGGUGAUGUUUUGUUGAGAGAAACUUUUGUAAUUAUGUACUAUGCAAUUGGCAACAAUGGGAGAAAGAGGAAGAGACUUGGAUAGCUUUUGUUUGCCAUAUGUGAGACAACUCACUUGUAUUAUACAAUACUAGAUGGCAACAAGAUGAGGUUAAAGAGAUUAUCUCGAACUUGGGCUUUUUCACCAUUGAAGCACAGUAAUGAGCAGGUUAAAUCCUGUUAUACCAGCUUAGGUUAAUACCUCCACCGCCACUGUAGUCUCAAGACUACUUGGCAAACGUGUGCUUACAAUCCUCUCUCUCUUUCUUCCCUUUGCUUCCCCUCAUGUAUCCUAUUUACAAAUACAUAGUGGUCUAGUUUUAUAUGUAUAAAAUGUAUUUAUAGAGAAGGGUGCCAUGUUCUGAUGAUCAGGCUUGUUUUUUCCCAAAUGGCUCUCUAGUAAACAAACACUGUUGUUUGGGGAGAUGUUUGGCUGUUAAGGUAGAACCAUGCAAUUAACGUAGAAAGAGUUGGGUGACCAACAUCAAGUUCCCAGUUUCAAGUUUUAAUGUCACAAGUACAGUGAAAUGCCUUUCUUGCAAUCUCUAAAGCAACAUGCAUUCUAGGUCUGGCCAGGAGGUUUUCCUAGUCAGGUCACAUGGUCCGGAAACUCCCCUGGCCUUACUUCUAGGUAAUCCAAGGUUUCAGAUAGGUGGUUUGUGGCGGAUUGACUGUAGGGUGGCUGUGUAAGUCCUGCAGUGUCCCCUGUAACUAUGCUAUCUCAGGGUUAUGUAUGUUACAAAGUGUAUUGUGUGUGUUCACCUCAGCGAUCACAAGGUUUGACCAGCGCCAUGUUUGCACCAGCUAGCCAGUGCUUUGUAUAGAACAGGGUCUGGUCUGUCGCACAUGCAUCUGCCACAUGUAUAUCUAUAAACAAAUGAAUAUGCAAGAUUUAUACUGUGUAUUUUGGCUUUGAUUUCAUUGUGUAAGAGCUUUUAAUUGUAUACUUCAGAAGAAAUGAGGUACGUUUUUUUGUUGUUGUAAUUUUCUGUUUUUUAAUAAAUGGGGAAGAAAAACCAA